UCCUCUUCCUCCACGCCUCCCCGCUCAUCAGGGGCGCUCUCCGGUCACCGCCCAUUCCGAUUUGCCAUCGAGAUCUCACGACGCAACAUCCAUGGGGAGCUCUCCGCUGGCGGCGGCGGGCACGGCGCUGGAGGACCUGCCGGAGGACGCGCUGCUGUGCAUCCUCGCGCUCCUCGCGCCGCCCGACGCCGCCGCCGCCGCCUGCGCCUGCCGCCGCCUCGCCGCCGCCGCGUCCUCCCCGGCGCUCCCGCUCGCCCUCGCGCUCCGCCUCGGCCUGCCCGCCUCCCCGGCGCGCCCGGUCCUCCCGGCCCCGCCCAGCCCCGCCGCCGCGCGCAGGCUCCUCCGCUCGCUCCACCGCCUGCGCCGCCUCCUCGGCCUCUGGCGCCGCCUGCCGUCCUCCGGCUCCGCCUCCCCACAGCCCCACCCACCCGCCCCGUCCCUCGCCGCGUUCGAGUGGGCCCCCGCGCGCGCCGCGCUCGCGGCGUCCCUCCUCGCCCCCUCCGCGCGCGGCGGGGUCGCCAGGUCCCCCUUCGUGACGCUCUCCAUCGCAGACUCAGGGGACACCGUGGCGGAGCUCGGGGACGUGCCCGUCUGCGUCAACUUCGUCGGCAACAACCACAUCGUGGUGGAGCCCGCGGCGGCGGGGGAGGACGACGAGAUCGAGGUGGUGAGCGGGUCCCCGCCGGAGGAGAUGUACGCGCACUUCGCCAACAGGAGGAGCCCCGGGUCCGGGAGGAGGAGGCGCGGAAAGCACGGGAGGAGGGGAGGUCUGAUGGAGGCCGAGCACUUCGUGAGGAUCGCGGAUGCGGAGCCGACACGGGCGCGGCCGCUUCAGGGCCUGUGGAAGGGUAUAUGCGAGGAUAGGACUCUGGAAUUUUACCUUAUCGCCUAUGAUGACAUUGGUGGAGUAACCUGUCGUCGAUUUAGUGAUCCAAGGGGCCAAAACUCUGGCUACUCUCCUGUCUUUUGGACGACAGAUACUACAUUUCUUGAACCACCAUUCUCCGAGCAAGAGCUGGAUAAUUACAGUAGCCGCUAUCACAUCCAAGGUGUGACUUCCAACCAUGCAGAUGCUGAGAACAGGGUUAUCUCUCGGAUAUUGUGCAUCAAUUCCAGUCAUGAUGUGGUUGAUCCUCAACUAUCGACCCCCUUAGAUGAUGCGAGGAGUGUGGAGGGAAGGAUUUGGCUAUAUGAGGAUGGAACCUUCGGGUUUGGAUUUGUUGGCACUAAUUCAGUGAUAGAUCUGAGGCAUGUCUCCUCAGCUGGUUGUGUUCUUGAUACUUAACAUCAAAUUUGGGUCUGGCUGGCACAUAAUUUUUGCCAGCGAACCCCUUGUACAGUACUUUUAGGAAAAUUCAAUAGUUGGUGUUGAGGCAUGUUGCCUCCAGUUGUUGUACUCUUGAUGACAAGUUGCUGAAUACAGGUACCUUCUGGCAUGUAAUUGCUGCUAGAAUACCCAUGUAUCCUGAUACUGAACCAAAACUUGGUCCCUUCUGGCAUGUACUUGUUGCCAGAAUACCAAUGUACAUUAUCAUUUCUUCAUUGAAUCCCAAUAAAUUGCAACUGUUACUUCCUC